AUGGUCCGAAAACUAAAAUUCCAUGAGCAGAAGCUCUUGAAGAAGGUGGAUUUCAUCGAUUGGAAGGACAACAACCUCAACGAAAACAAGGUUAUGGCCAAAUUCGCGAUCCGAAAGCGGGAAGAAUACACGUACUAUAACAAAUUGGCGAGAGAAGUAAGUCUUCCUUUCAUUCUGCUGAACUUUUAGGAACAUUCCGCAAUUUUUUUCAGUUUGAUUAGACGAUUCUAUGGCUUGAAUAGCUUAUUUUUGGUUUCAGGUGCGUGAGUUCGCGAAGAAAAUCAAAGAUAUGCCGGAUAAGAAUCCGAACAAGAAGGUGUUUGUCAGACAAUUACUUGGUAAACUGUAUGAUGUUGGUCUAAUCAUCACAGCUGAUACCUUGGAGAGGGUGGAUAAGAUCUCAGCCUCGACGUUCUGCCGAAGACGACUGCCCACGAUGAUGGUGAAGACCGGUAUGAUGAAGAGUGUAAGUUGAAGUUGAUUAUACUCUCAAAUUACUUGUUGAGUGUUAUUCACGACCUCAUUUUAGAUUCGUCAAGCAACCCAAAUGGUCGAAGAAGGUCAUGUUCGAGUUGGUGCAAACCUUAUCACCGAUCCGGCUUAUCUGGUUACUCGAGAUCUCAGCGACUUUAUUACGUGGGCUCCAGGAUCCAAAGUGGGGAAACACGUCAAGACUUACAACAAUACUGUUGAUGACUUUGAUGAUUAA